AUAACAUCACCAUCCAAUAUCAUUGCGAAGACAUCAAAAAAAGGAAACAAAAUAAAAAAUGCCCGGCACGCCACUGCACGCUGCCGCUGCGAACGGUGUGAAUGGUGCGAAUCCUCUUGUGGCUGCCGGCGCAAACGGCCUGAAGCACACCGUCGGUAGGUAUGCCUUCGACCUGCCCUACCACCCAGACGACACCGAACGUCUCGCCCUCGGCAUUCUUGCCCUGUUUGCCCGUCUCGAGCGUCUCGAAAGUCUGGAGCCCAAUCCGCAGAACAGCAAGCUCUUCAACCAGCUCUUCGACCUCGUCACCACCACAAAGACCACCGUCGAGCAAGACAGCAAGAUCCUCUCCGACCCUCGCAUCGUCCCCCUCAUCCCGCGCCUCUGGACCCUCUGGGGCGACGCCGAAUACCUCCUCGAAGCCGACUUCGCCCGCAAAGUCAUCAAUGCCCCUGCCAAAACCACCGCCCUCAAGACAUUCAAUUCCUUCCCCUAUCUCGAUCAGUACAGGCAACUUGCCCGUAUGGAAGUCAACACUCUCGAUACUGCCCUGGGCGAGCUCUCUCUACCCCCGAUCCGCCGCAUUGCCUUCAUCGGCUCUGGUCCCACACCCUUCACGUCCUUGUGCUAUGCAGAGAGGUAUUCUGACGAUGUGAGCUACCACAAUAUCGACCGCAACCCGGACGCCAUUGCGCUCUCCAGCUCCUUGGUGACCUCAUGCGGCUUCAAGAACGUGUCCUUUGAGCAGAUCGAUGCCGACAGUCUGACGGAUUUGCGCGAGUUUGAUGUUGUACAUUUCGCUGCCAUGGUUGGCGCCGAUGCGGAUGCGAAGAAGGACCUUUUGGUGGGCGUGGCAAAGUGCAUGAGGCCGGGAGCAUUGAUUCUGUUGCGGAGUACGGAUUCUUUGAGGACAGUCUUGUAUCCGCGAUACGAGGUGGAUGAUACGGAGGUUCUGAGCCUGGUCACGCCAGUCGUGGCGACGAGGUAUUACGGUGGUGCAACGAGUCUGACGGCCAUUGUCGUCAAGGUCGAUUGAUAGACGAAUUAGACGCAUUGUGGGCUUUCGGUCAUAAUUAUAGAAUUAUAGACACGAACGUUGACGACAUCCGUAGCUAGAGGAGUCAUGCUGAAUGCACCUCCAGAAAUACAUUGUGUGUUCGAUCGUCCUUUUCCUUCACUCUUUCGACGAUCAAUGAAUGUAUUUGCCGCUGAUAUGUCUGACGGUAUGGUGUACGAGGGUCGAUAGUGAAUUGGCCUGCAUAAUAGCA